AUGGGCAGCGCGUCGGCUCAGCGAGGAGGAGGCGUCUCCCCGCGGCAGGCGUUCGAGGAGUUGUCCGCCGGGAGCGCGCAGCUACAGGCGGUCCAGGAGAUGCGGCAGCGCAUGGACCUGGAGGCCGCCAGCAUCCUGGCGCGCGAGCCGGGCCUGGCCCCCAGCCUGCCCACGCGGAGGGCGCAGGUGGAGUCUGUCUCUGCAGCGCUGAUGCGGUGGCAGAUGAACCAGUCCCGCUUCCCGAACGGCUCGUGGGGCGCGGCGGCCGCACUGUACCGCGUCUUCGCGCGGAUGAACCACUCGUGCCGCCCCACCGUGGGCGUGAGGCUGCAGCUGGGUGCCCUGCGGCCCGGCGAGCUGGAGCCCGCCGACGGGCGCCUGGUGGUCGUGGCCCUGCGCGACCUGCGGCCGGGGGAGGAGAGCUCUGCCACAACUACGGGCCCGACGAGCUGCUGGCCUGGCCCCUGGAGCGCCGCCGGGACUUCCUGCUGCGGCGGUUCGGCUUUGCGUGCCUGUGCGCCCGCUGCGUCGGAGAGGCGCAUGGCAGCGGCGCCGCCGGCAGCGGCGCCGCGGCGCCGACGGGCUCCGGCUGCGGUCCGGGGUUCGUGGACUGACAAAGGGACCUGGGCAGGGCUCGUUUCGAUUCCUCUUAUCG